AUGUGGGCCCCACGAAGCCGGUCUGCAAGACGCCUAGAGCCAGUCCGGCCUGAAGGUGUCUCCUCCUACCUGUUGCUGCUGCCAUGGCACAUCAGCAAUUUUCUAGGUCAUCUCAAACAUGCAUUAGGCGCCAGCGUCGUAAGGCAGAGAAGACGACAUGCCGUCGUCUCCGUGCUUGUGCAGUCCUGCCGGAAAGGAGUGCAACCGAGCGGCUGUGCAAGUCUGCGGUUCUGGGGCCGACCGCAAGAGCGCCUCAUCCGAGGCCCGUUGUGUCAAUCAAAAAAAGAGAGCGAGGCCGUUGCCGGGCCCGAGGCGAGGCGAGGCGGCAAAGCAGAGGGCGUAGGAGGAGGGGAAAAGUGGUCAACUCACGGCGGAUGGCGCGGUUCGUCGGGGCGGGCGCGGUGA